AUCAUCUUUUGGUCUGCUCAUCAUGCUAGCACCGGUCGCGUCUCGACUGUGCCCUAAUGCCGUGACCAAGGCACGAUUCCACGCGUCUGCGUGCGCAAAUGCGCUCUCGCUGAAGCCCCCAAAAGAAAUCUCGGGCAUGAAAGUCUCUCGCCGCUUCUCGGGCAAGAAGGCGUUCCAGUACAACUGGUACAUGCGCAUCCUCAACUCCACGAAGACUUCUCCGCUCCUCAUUCUCUACCACAACGACUUCAAAUCCGAGCGCCUCGUUCAGCUCCGCCGCGACGUCACCGCUGCAUCGAACCGGCUGAAGCAGCAGCAGCAAAAACGCGCACAGGCAGCCGGCAUACCAGUGGAGGAAACGGACGACCCUUUGCUCACUGUGAUACGCUCGAGCAUAUUCGGCGCCGCGAUCCGCGACUUUCCCGCGCUCGAGAACGCAGAGGUCGAGCCCAUGGUGGAGAACGUAUCGGGCUCGCUGGCGGUGCUGUCCCUGCCUGUGCUCGACCCGCCACAACUUAAGGCGAUCCUGCGUACAUUCGAGCGCUCGGCGCCACCGCGCAAGCCCAAGACACCUGAGGAGCUGAAGAAAGAGGAGCAGGAGAAGAACGCGGACCCUGCGAAUCCGGGAAAGCGCAUGAAGCGAAUGCGACAGGUGGUGGAUCCGGAGCUGAAGGUGCUCGGCGCUUUCUUUGAUGGGCAGGUGCUGCUUCCUGCUCGGGUGAAGCAGGUGGCGGACAUGCCGACGCUGCAAACGUUGAGGGAACAGUUGCUUGGACUGUUGAGUGCCCCGGGGACACAACUUGCGAUGACGCUCAGUGCGGCCAGUGGAGGCAGGUUAGCCAGGACGCUAGAGGGACUAAAGAAGGGUUUGGAGGAGAGCGCAGGGGAGGCACCAGCGGCGUAGAUUGUUCAUUUUCCCCCUAUGACACGGUGGAACGUAAUCGGGAUACACUUCAACUAAAAACAGCCGUACUGGGUGGGGACCAGUUCUUAGCGCGUUCUACGCAUCGCAGGAAGUUCUAUGGAACCUCAAGCAGCAAGCUUCAAGGUCGACGAAUGUAGAUUCUAUUACAUUCCUAGUUCCUGAAUUGCUUUUGUCAUGGUUGCCACUAGGGCGCUUCAACCUGCGCAUCGCACUACCAGGAGACGGUCAGGCAUCUUGCAAGCUGUCCGUCUCAAAUCGGCAUGCAGGGUCGAAGGAGCACAUGCAUGUGCCCGGCUGGGUCAGCAGAGGUCGCUAUAUUUUGUCUUGGCUGUUAGCCUUCUACUUCGCCGAACUCGCCCGACUAACUCUCUACACGAAACUCAAGCAUGUAUGCUGCUUAAAGGAAAUUGGAGCAUCGUGGCUAUUGCACAACAAAGCGGCUUAGAGUUGCAGCGGUCGGGUAGAGAGGGAGCUUGAGGCAACGAUAUCAAGAGAAAAGAACCGGCAUCAACGAUCAAUAUAACUUUGUUCCUGUCUGCUAGCAGACUGGGAUGGACCCCGUACGUCUUGACGCUCCCUCGCUCUCUGUGUCCCGCGCAUCAUCUUCAACUUCUUCUUCUUCCACCUCCCGUGCCUACUCCAGCGGCGACCAGGACUUUCCCCAGGACCACUCCCGCAGCCCCUCGGAGACCACACUCUUUUCGAUUUACUCCAUGUAUGGUCGUGACUCUCUACCGCCAGUACCCAAAGACGACAUACCCGCGGUCCGUCUGACCAUCCCCGAGACCUUUCGGCGCUCUGUGAUCAAAGAGGACAGUCCAACUGAGGACACGGACUCGGCGUACUUUGACUUGCCACCUGUGCCGUCGGCACGUCUGCUCGACCUUACGAAAGAGCAGCUCUUAGUCACUCGGCCGACCCGAGUAUCCAGUCUGCGGCCCAUUUCAGACUAUACGACGACCUCGUCAUCGUCCAUGCGUGGCAGUUUGACCGCGACGGAGGAAAGAAGGGCUUCGACGAGUAAUAUCCAGCUACAGUCUUCUCGCGAAAGCUCUCCGCGGCCGGAUUCGCUUCUUGGACUUCCGCCACUUCCGCCCUCCCGUACGCCCACACCGUCUUUGAGCCCUCCCCCUCCCGCUGUGUCACCCACACUCCCUCUCAAACACCCCUUCUCCGUACUCGGGAGCAAGACAUCACUUGUUCCAUCAGAAGGCGAAGACCUGGAUGGUUUCCAUGUGCGGAAUACAUACGCACAGCUGGAAGUCUCUGGUGUCAAGGGCGAUGGCUGGGAGGAAGGCGUCGAGCGCACGCGUGCGCGCAUCGGCGCCAGUCGGGCGAGCCAAAUGAUGGCCGAGAAUGCGAUCGGAGAUGGCACUGAAAAGUCACAAGAAUUGGAUCCGCGCGAGAUUCGGACUUUGAGAGAAGUGGACCGAUAUGGAUUCUUCUCGAUUCCAUCACACGACCGCCUGGUGCUGUUGCCCUCUGCACCGUUCCUUGUCCGCCUCAGUGUUGUCCAAGCCGGCCCACCUGCGGCUGGGCCGUCCGCCAAGUCCUUGGAGUCGAGUCCGCCAGCACGGAAACCGCCGAAAGAGCUUUCUCGCAUCGAGAAAUGGACCCGCAUGAUGCUCCCGCAGCUUCGGGACCAGGGAGCGAAUGCUCUGUCUUGGCAUGUCAAACCAUCGAAGGAGGCCAAGUUGCGCGUGCGCGUGUACAAAGGAAUACCCGACCGAUGGCGACCUGCCGCAUGGGACAUGUUCAUGAGCACCAAAGCGAGCAUGGGGCCCGAACAAAUGUCGCGGUUGGCGGCCCGAUAUCGUGACGGCCUCGACAAGCCUUCGACGUACGAUAUUCAGAUCGACCUGGACGUUCCCCGUACGAUCAGUGGGCAUGUGUUCUACCGGACGAGAUAUGGUGCUGGGCAACGCUCCUUAUUCCACGUGCUGCAUAGCUUCUCUUUGCAUUGCGGAGAAUGUGGAUAUGUGCAGGGCAUGGGCCCCAUCGCAGCGACUCUGCUGUGCUAUCUCGAUCCAGAAAAGGUGUAUGCCUCCCUGGUGCGGCUGCAUGACGCCUAUGGCAUGCACACCAUCUUCAGCCCCGGGUUCCCUGGCCUCCUCGAAGCCAUUUAUGUGCAGGAACGCAUCACAGAGACGAUGAUGCCGGCCGUGUAUGCUGCUUUCAAGAAGCACAGCAUCUCGACGACGUCCUACGCCACCAAGUGGUACAUCACGUUGUUCGCCAACUCGGUCCCUUUCCAGACCCAACUGCGGCUGUGGGAUGCGUUCUUGUUCGAGGGUACGGAUCUGUUCGUUGCCGUGGCUGUUGCCAUCGUGUGGGCCUACCGUGAUCAUAUCACCUCGUCUGCCGCCAACUUUGAAACCAUUUUAUCCUUAUUGUCGUCAUUUUUCAUUCCGGAAGACGAAGAUACCCUGCUGCUCUGGAUGGAGAAGACUCUUGGCGACAAGAAACUCCGCCAGAGCAUGGUGCAGUGGCGCGUCGACUGGAAAGGUCUCGUUGCUUCCGGCAAGGACGGCGCCGCGCUCUUAUAAUCACACUCGUUUCCUUCUCUAUCUUCCUCUAAUAUUGGGUCUUGUCCAGACAUUAUUCCCGUAGCUUUCAUUUGCUUUUCAAGAUGCAUCUGUACCUCCGCACAAUCAAUCUGUUUUUUU